CCUUCCACUCCAACCCAUGUAGUUCUCCCUGGAUUUCUCCCCGCCGUGAUGGCUGCUUGCUGCCCACCGCCCGCCCCGAGCCCAUUCCCAAUGGGAUAUCCCAAAGCCAUUCCCAAUGGGAUCUCCCAAAGCCAUUCCCAAUGGGAUAUCCCAAAGCCAUUCCAGUGGGAUCACUCCCAAAUCCAUUCCCAAUGGGAUUUCCAAAACCCAUUUCCAAUGGGAUCACUCCCAAACCCAUUCCCAAUGGGAUCUCCCAAAGCCAUCCCAAUGGGAUUUCCCAAAGCCAUUCCCAAUUGGGAUCUCCCAAAGCCAUUCCCAAUGGGAUAUCCCAAAGCCAUUCCCAAUUGGGAUCUCCCAAAGCCAUUCCCAAUGGGAUAUCCCAAAGCCAUUCCAAUACAAUCACUCCCAAAACCCAUUUCCAAUGGGAUCUCCUAAAGCAAUUCCAAUGGGAUCACUCCCAAACCCAUCCCCAAUGAGAUCUCCAAAACCUAUUUCCAAUAGGAUAUCCCAAAUGCAUUCCAAUGGGAUCACUCCCAAACCCAUUCCAAAUGGGAUUUCCAAAACCCGUUCCAAUGGGAUCACUCCCAUUCCCAAUGGGAUCUCUCAAACUUAUUCCUAAUGGGAUAUCCCAAACCUAUUCCCAAUGGGAUUUCUCCAAACCAGUCUCCAAUGGGAUCGCUCCCAAAUCCAUUCCAACGGGAUCUCCCAAACCCAUUCCCAAUGGGGUCGCUCCCAAAUCCAUCCCCAAUGGGACUUUCCAAACCCAUUCCCAUUCGGAUCUCCCAAACCCAUUCCCAAUGGGGUCGCUCCCAAACCAGCCCCAGUGCCGGUGCACAAACAUGGGUGUGCAAAGCCCCAUCUCAGCGGGACGUCACCCCUCUUUGCCAACGGGAGAGGGGAAAUCUCGACAGGGAAAUCCUAAAUAAGCAGCAAGGAGCAGAGCAGGUGUGGGGCGCUGCGGCCGACCCCGGAGUGCUGUGAUUUGGGGUUGUUUUACCACUGUUGUGUCCAAAAUAAAUGGUGGUGCGUGCUUUGUUUUAUCUUCCCCUCCCAACCCACCCCCACCUCAGGCUUUAAUAAAGACAUUUAUUACAACAGGACGGCAGUGGGGCUGCUCCUUCUGCUGGGCACCUAACAGGGACCCCGUGACCCCAUGGGAUGCUCAUUGCCACCACCCCAAAUGACCCCAUGGGAUGUUCAUUGCCGCCAUCCCAAAUGACCCCAUAGAAUGUUCAUUGCCGCCACCCCAAAUGUCCCCAUGCGAUGUUCAUUGCCACCAUCCCAAAUGACCCCUGGGAUUCUUAUUGCCACCACCCCAAAUGACCCCAUGGGAUGCUCAUUGCUACCAUCCCAAAUGACCCCAUGGGAUGUUCAUUGCCACCAUCCCAAAUGACCCCUGGAAUUCUUAUUGCCACCAUCCCAAAUAUCUCCAUUGGAUGUUCACUGCCACCACCCUAAAUGCCCCCCUCUGGUCCCAUGGGAUGUACAUUGCCACCAUCCCAAAUGACCCCAUAGAAUGUUCAUUGCUGCCACCCCAAAUGAACAUCCCAUGGGAUGCUCAUUGCCACCAUCCCAAAUGUACCCAUGGGAUGCUCAUUGCCAUCAUCCAAAAUGACCCCAUAGAAUGUUCAUUGCCGCCACCCCAAAUGUCCCCAUGGGGGAUGCACAUUGCCAUCACCCCAAAUAAAUUAUCCCCAUGGGAUGCACAUUGCCACCACCCCAAAUGACCCCACAGAAUGUUCAUUGCCACCACUCCUAACGUCCCCAUGGGACCCCCAGUGCCACCACCCCAAAUCCCCCCCACGUCCAUCUGGGGACGCUCACCCCCUCUUCUCCUCCUCACCGACAUCCCAUAGUCUGAUGUAUACGAGGAAACAUUUUGGGAAGAAGGAGGUGGGCAUUUAUAGGGCCAAUGGGGGAUGACCACACGUAUUGAUGUGGUUCGAAUGCCCAACAAGAGAGAAACGCACCGAUAAGCGCCCCUAUGAGAUGAACUGAUAAGAGAAACGACCCUAUGAGAUGAAUUGAUAAGAGAAACAGCCCUAUAAGAGGGAUUGAUAAGAGGAAUGACCCUAUAAGAUGAAUUGAUAAGGGAAACGCUCCAAUAAGUCCCCCUAUUAGAUGAAUUGAUAAGGGGAACACGCUGGUGAAUGUCCCUAUAAGAUGAAUCGAUAAGAGAAACGCACCAAUAAAUGCCCCUAUGGGAUGAACUGAUAAGAGAAACGACCCUAUAAGAUGAAUUGCUAAGAGAAAUGCCCCUAUGGGAUGAACUGAUAAGGGAAACGACCCUAUAAGAUGAACUGAUAAGGGAAACGCACCGGUAAAUGCCCCUGUGAGGUGAAUUGAUACGGGAAACGCACCGAUAAACGCCCCUAUAAGAUGAAUUGAUAAGAGAAACGACCCUAUAAGAUGAACUGAUAAGAGAAACGACCCUAUAAGAUGAACGGAUAAGGGAAAUGCUCCAAUAAACGCCCCUAAGAGAUGAACUGAUAAGAGAACGGCACUGAUCAGCACCCCUAUAAAGGGGCUGACAGCCGAAACUCGCCGAUACCCCCCAUAGGACGAACGGCUGCGGGAACCGCGUCGAUCCCCGCAUUCCCAAAGCCGAUCUUUCCGAUUAAACGGCACUGACGGAGAAACCCCGCAGCGCUCCGGGGGGGCGCGGAGGUGCGCGGUGCGGUGCGGUGCGCGGUGCGGUGCGCGGUGCGGUGCGCGGUGCGGUGCGGUGCGGUGCGGUGCGGUGCGGUGCGGUGCGCGGUGCGGCCCCCGGGGGCCCCGCAGGCGCCCGGAGAGCGGCGGUUGCAGUGCGCGGAGCGGGGAUUGGCUGCGGGGAAUGACGCCCAACACAACAAAGAGCGCAGCGGCACUGAGCGACGGUAGCGCCCGGCGCCGGCGGGGACCGUGCUGGCCUCAGGCAGGUGGAGGAUGAACGGCGACACCGAGUGCCCUGCAGACUUGGAAAUGACAGCUCCCAAAAACCAAGACCGCUGGUCGCAGGAGGACAUGCUGACUCUGCUGGAGUGCAUGAAGAACAACCUGCCUUCCAACGACGGGAGCAAGUUCAAGACCACCGAGUCCCACCUGGACUGGGAGAAAGUGGCUUUCAAGGACUUCUCGGGGGAGAUGUGCAAGAUGAAGUGGAUGGAGAUCUCCAACGAGGUGAGGAAAUUUCGGACCCUCACGGAGCUCAUCAUGGAUGCCGAGGAGCACGUGAAGAAUCCUUACAAGGGCAAAAAGCUCAAGAAACACCCCGACUUCCCCAAGAAGCCCCUGACGCCCUACUUCCGCUUCUUCAUGGAGAAGCGAGCCAAAUACGCCAAGCUUCACCCCGAAAUGAGCAACCUGGAUCUCACCAAGAUCCUGUCCAAGAAAUACAAGGAGCUUCCCGAGAAGAAAAAGAUGAAAUACAUCCAGGACUUCCAGCGAGAGAAGCAGGAGUUUGAGAGGAACCUGGCGAGGUUCAGGGAAGAUCACCCGGACCUCAUCCAGAACGCCAAGAAAUCCGACGUCCCCGAAAAGCCCAAAACCCCCCAGCAGCUGUGGUACAACCACGAGAAGAAGAUCUACCUGAAAGUGCGUCCAGAUGCCACCACGAAGGAGGUGAAAGAGUCGCUGGGCAAGCAGUGGUCUCAACUCUCCGAUAAAAAGAGGCUGAAAUGGAUUCAUAAGGCCCUGGAACAGCGGAAGGAGUACGAGGAGAUCAUGCGGGACUACAUCCAGAAGCACCCCGAGCUGAACCUCAGCGAGGAGGGCAUCACCCGCUCCACGCUCACCAAGGCUGAGCGGCAGCUCAAGGAUAAGUUCGACGGGCGACCCACCAAACCGCCCCCGAAUAGCUACUCCCUGUACUGCGCAGAGCUGAUGGCCAACAUGAAAGACGUGCCCAGCACGGAGCGGAUGGUGCUGUGCAGCCAGCAGUGGAAGCUGCUCUCCCAGAAGGAGAAAGAUGCAUACCACAAAAAGUGCGACCAGAAAAAGAAAGACUACGAGAUCGAGCUGCUCCGCUUCCUGGAGAGCCUGCCCGAGGAGGAGCAGCAGCGGGUGCUGGGCGAGGAGAAGAUGCUGGGCAGCAACCGGAAAGGGGCGACGAGUCCCGCGUCCAAAAAGUCCUCACCAGAGACCGGCAAGGCCAGCUCCGAGAAGCCUAAGCGGCCCAUCUCGGCCAUGUUCAUCUUCUCGGAGGAGAAGCGGAAGCAGCUGCAGGAGGAGAGGCCGGAGCUGUCGGAGAGCGAGCUGACCCGGCUGCUGGCACGCAUGUGGAACGACCUCUCCGAGAAGAAGAAGGCCAAAUACAAGGCGCGGGAGGCGGCCAUGAAGGCGCAGUCGGAGAAGAAGCACGGCUCCGAUAAGGAGGAGCGCGGGAAGCUGCCCGAGUCCCCCAAAACGGCCGAGGAGAUCUGGCAGCAGAGCGUCAUCGGGGACUACCUGGCACGUUUCAAGAACGACCGGGGGAAGGCACUGAAGGCCAUGGAGGCCACUUGGAACAACAUGGAGAAGAAGGAGAAGCUGAUGUGGAUCAAGAAGGCGGCGGAGGAUCAGAAGCGAUACGAGAGGGAGCUGAGCGAGAUGAGGGCCCCCCCGUGCUCCACCAACUCCGCCAAGAAGGUGAAGUUCCAGGGAGAGCCAAAGAAACCCCCCAUGAACGGUUACCAGAAGUUCUCCCAGGAGCUGCUGUCCAACGGGGAGCUGAACCACCUCCCUCUGAAGGAGCGGAUGGUGGAGAUCGGCAGCCGCUGGCAGCGCAUCUCGCAGGGCCAGAAGGACCACUACAAGAAGCUGGCGGAGGAGCAGCAGAAGCAGUACAAAGUGCACCUCGACAUCUGGCUCAAGAGCCUCUCGCCCCAGGAGCGGGCAGCCUACAAGGAACACACCUCCAACAAACGUAAGAGCAUAGGGAAGAUCCGGGGCCCCAACCCCAAGAUGAAGCCAACGAUGCAGUCCAAGUCGGAGUCAGAGGACGACGACGACGACGAAGAGGACGAGGAUGAUGACGAUGAAGAUGAGGACGACGACGACGACAACGGGGACUCAUCGGAGGAGGGCGGCGAUUCCUCGGAGUCCAGCAGUGAGGAGGAGAGCGAGGACGGCGACGAGUGUGAAUGCCGUGUAAGUGAGCAGAGGCAAAGCUUUGCGCCGGUGCAACUGCAGUCACACUAUGCUGGAUGGCGCUGGGGUCAGAAACCGUGUCCGUGCCUCGUGCUCGCCCCCGGACAGAACGAUGAGGACGACGAGGAUGAGGACGAUGAAGAUGAGGACGACAACGACUCGGAGGGCAGCAGCAGCUCCUCCUCCUCCUCCGGGGACUCCUCCGACUCCGACUCCAACUGAGCUCUUUAGUAACGCCCUGCAGUUUUCUCAGUUUCGGCCCCAUUUUUCUUCGCCCCCCCCCCGGCCCACACAGCCCCGUCCUUCUCUUCUCGGCCCCCCCCCCAUGAACUGCAGGACCCCCCCGGGAGCGGGGCCAGAAGCGCCCCCCACACUGAGCUCUCACCGUGGAGGUGAAGCAGGGAGGGGGGGGUUGACCCUCCGUGCCCCCCCCCCUAUCCGGAACCCCUCAUUGUGCUGAUGUGGGGGAGGGGGGGGGGGUUAUGUGUGUGGGGGGGGGGCAUUUUUUUUUUGUUUUUUCCCCCUAUUUUUGUUGAAUUCGGGUCGUUCCGUUUGGAGGUUCGGCCCAUCUCCUCGCUGCCAGCUGCGGACUGUAUGCAUAGCAACACACAGGAGAAGAAAACGACAACAACAAAAA